AUGGCCCGAGAGGGGAACGAGCUGCGGAAGCGCCUGGCCUUUGCCACUGACGAUAUCAGUCCUGUGUAGAGACCAUUUGCCGGGCUGAAUCCCAACUACGAGAGGCUGCAGAUGCACUGUGGGCGGGUCGUGUCGGACUUUCAGAUCCUGAAGCAGCAGCACACCAACGCAUUAAAGAGGUGCGAGGAGGCAGCCAAGGAGUCCGACUACUACCACACACUCCAUAGCCGGCUCCUGAGCGAGCAGACCCAGCUGAAGGACGGCGUGGACGUGCUGAGGCGGGAGAACGGACAGCUGUUGUGGGAGUGUAACCUGCUGCAGCAGCGGUGGGAGCAUGUGACACGGCUCCAUGAGGAGGACCAGAAGGAGACUGGUGACCUUCGGGCCCAACAGCAGCAGGUAUGGAAGCACAAUGGGUCAUCAGAAAUUGUUGAGAUGUUCGACACGGCCACGGACCAGCUGGAGGUGGUCAGGAAGGACCACGAUGCCCUGCGGGAGAGGUACAGUGAGGACGUUGCCAUCCACACCUCCGACUUGAGCCGCCUGGAGCAGCUGGAGGAGGAGAACCAGUGCCUGCUCAAGCAGACGGAGAUGCUGACUCAGCAGUGGGACACCGCCAUCCAGCUGCAGCGCCAGGGCGCCCUCUCCCUGAGGAGGUGUGAGGACAUCCAACAAGAGCUGAACAAGGCCACGGCCCAGAACAACGGCCUGCAGUGGGAGAUGGAGCUGCUGCAGUCGGAGUUGACCGAGCUGAGGACCAUCCAGUUAAAAACGGCCAAGGAGUCUGAGAAGUACAAGGAGGAGCGUGAUGUCAUGUAUAGAGACUAUAAGGUCAUCAAGAGCCACCGCGACCAGGUCCUCUCUGAGCUGGACAGACUGGACAAGCUGCAGACCGAAGUGGAGCUGGCUGAGUCCAAGCUCAAGAGCAGCACGUCUGAGAAGAAGGCGGCCAGCGAGGAGAUGGAGGCACUGUGACAGGUGGGGUCUCCGUGUGGUGGGGGAGACGGCUCACAGGCAUUCGAAGACACCAGGAGCAUAAGUGAGAAGAGCCGCCAUGUGUCUGUAGCCCCUUCUUGCUGGGGACUAGUGCAGGGUCUCUCCCGGGAACAGCUGCUGUGGGCAGAGCAGACAGUGGCAGAGGACUGGCCACACCUGCAGAGCGAGGUCGGCAGUCGGGACAUGCGUGGCAAGACGGUGGAGGAGGUCUACGUGGAGAUGCUGAAGCCCAAGGAGGAUGUCCGUCUCAAGGUGCAGAACCGCCCUGAGGAGUUCACCAAGGUCAAGGGCCUGCCUGGUGACAGCUUCUACAUCAGGGCCCUGUACGACCGGCUGGCAGAGGUGGAGCACGAGCUGAGCUUUAAGAAAGAUGACAUCCUCUACGUUGAUGACACUUUGCCUCAGGGCACAUUUGGGUCCUGGAUGGCCUGGCAGCUUGACGAGAACGCCCAGAAGAUCCAGCGAGGGCAGAUCCCCAGCAAAUACCUGAUGGGCUAGAAAUUCUCCAGGAGACUCAGCAAGACUGAAGUCAAAGACGACACCACCACCACCACAAGGAAGCCGUCGGCAGCUGCUUGCAGAUCCUUCUUCCAAAGGAAACAUAAGCACAAACGCAGCGGGUCCAAAGAUGGGAAGGACCUCCAGGCUUUGGACACCUUCUCCAGGACUCAACUGCACCCUUUGAAGGCAAAUUCCAUGAGCCUUGCCUAUCAGCGGGUCCAGAAGGUAGACUGCACCUCCCUGAGGCCCGUUCCAAUUCUGGGGCCUUUACUGGACGUGGUGAAGGAAAUGCUGGUGAACAAGACACCCGGAAAGUUCUGCAGAUGCCCCUUUGAGGUGAUGAAGGCCUCCCAGCAGGCCAUCGAGCGGGGCGUCAAAGACUGCCUGUUGGUCGACUACAAGCGGAGGAGUGGCCAUUUUGACGUGACCACAGUGGCUUCCAUCAGGGAGAUCGCAGAAAAGAACCGGCACUGUCUGCUGGACAUCGCCCCCCAUGCCAUUGAGCGGCUGCACCACAUGCAGAUCUAUCUCACUGUCCUCUUCAUCCAGUACAAGAGCCCCAAACACAUUAAGGAGCAGAAAGACCCCAUCUCCCAGGACAAGGUGACACGGUAGCAUUCCAAAGAGCAGUUCGAGACGGCUCAGAAGAUUGAGCAGGAGUACAGUAGAUACUUCGCAGGGGUCGUCCAGGGAGGAGCCCCGUCGAGCAUUUGCACUCAGAUCUUGGCGAUGGUCCAUCGAGAACAAAACAGAGUCCUGUGGAUCCCAGCCUGCCCGCUGCCCUACUACAGGCUGACUCGCCACUAUGAGAGGCUGCAGAUGCACUGUGGGCGGGUCGUGUCGGACCUUCAGAGCCUGCAGAAGCAGCACAGCCACGCCUUAAAGAGGAUCGAGGAGGCAGCCAAGGAGUCCGACUACUACCAGUGA